AUGGCACAUCCCAGUACCCUUGGUCGCCACCUUGCCCGCGGGCUUGUACAAAUAGGCAUUACCGAUGUUUUCUCCAUGCCAGGGGACUUUAACUUUGCACUUCUUGAUCAUGUUAUUGCUGAGCCAGGGCUAAACAAGAUUGGUCGUUGCAAUGAGCUCAUUGCAGGGUAUGCAGCUGAUGGAUAUGAAAGGUCACGUGGUGUUAGUGCUUCUGUUGUUACGUUCACUGUUGGUAGGCUAAGUAUUAUCAAUGCAGUUGCUGGGGCUUACAGUGACAAUCUUCCCGUUAUAUGUAUUGCUGGAGGACCAAAUACUAAUGAUUAUAGGACUCAUAGGAUUCUCCAUCAUACCAUUGGGUUGCCCGAUUUUAGCCAAGAACUUCGGUGCUUCCAAACUGUAACUUGCUAUCAGGCUGUGGAGAAUCAUUUGGAAGAUGCACAUGAAAAAAUUGACACGGCCAUUUGUAAUGCUCUAAAAGAAAGCAAACCUGUCUAUAUUAGCAUUAGCUACAAUUUGCCUGCUGUCCCUCAUUUAAGUUUUAGCAGAGAUCCCAUCCCACUUGCUAAUCCCCCAAGGUAA